AUGGGCAGCCCCCGCUCCGCGCUGAGCUGCCUGCUGUUGCACUUGCUGGUUCUCUGCCUCCAAGCCCAGGUAAGGAGCGCUGCGCAGAGGCGGGGGCCGGGCGCGGGGGACCCAGCUGACACUGUCGGGCAGGGACAUGAGGACCGACCCUUCGGCCAGCGCGGCAGGGCUGGAAAGAACCUUACAAAUCCAGCCCCAAACUACCCUGAGGAGGGAUCUAAGGAACAGAGAGACAGUGUCCUGCCUAAAGUCACACAGCGAGAAGGCCCGGGCGGGGGGCCUGCGCUGGGCAGGGAGCCCGCUUCCCUGCUCCGAGCUGGCCGGGAGCCCCAGGGUGUUUCCCAACAGGUAACUGUUCAGUCCUCACCUAAUUUUACACAGCAUGUGAGGGAGCAGAGCCUGGUGACGGAUCAGCUCAGCCGCCGCCUCAUCCGGACCUACCAGCUCUACAGCCGCACCAGCGGGAAGCACGUGCAGGUCCUGGCCAACAAGCGCAUCAACGCCAUGGCAGAAGACGGAGACCCCUUCGCAAAGCUCAUUGUGGAGACGGAUACUUUUGGAAGCAGAGUUCGAGUCCGGGGAGCAGAGACAGGUCUCUACAUCUGCAUGAACAAGAAGGGGAAGCUAAUUGCCAAGAGCAACGGCAAAGGCAAAGACUGCGUGUUCACGGAGAUCGUGCUGGAGAAUAACUACACGGCGCUGCAGAACGCCAAGUACGAAGGCUGGUACAUGGCCUUCACCCGCAAGGGCCGGCCCCGCAAGGGCUCCAAGACGCGCCAGCACCAGCGCGAGGUGCACUUCAUGAAGCGGCUGCCGCGGGGCCACCACACCACCGAGCAGAGCCUGCGCUUCGAGUUCCUCAACUACCCGCCCUUCACGCGCAGCCUGCGGGGCAGCCAGAGGACUUGGGCCCCGGAGCCCCGAUAG